AUGGCAGAAACGCGGACGGCGGCGCAGAUGCUAUCCCGGCGUGAGACGCUGCUUACAUCGCUGGGUCGGGCAGAAGCUUUCAUCGAAGGAUAUGUUGCAGAACGGGACCAAGCGCAGGUUUCAGUGCGUCUUCAAUACCUCGACGGCAUCUGGAAUGGGCUCGAAGCUGUGCAGGCGCAGCUCGAGGACAACGAAACUACGGAUGAAGGUAGGGCAGAGCAUGCAUGUGUUCGUGAGCAGUUUGAAUCUCGGCUGUUUGAAAUUAAAGCUAGUCUCCUUGCAAAAUUACCUCCGCUUCCCGUUAUUCAAGACCACAGCCCUCCUCCCAUUCGUAGUUCCUCCACUCUCUCUGGUAUCAAGUUGCCUACGAUCUCUUUGCCCGAAUUCGACGGUGAUUACAUGCAAUGGCUUGCAUUCCACGACACUUUCAUGGCGCUCAUUCACUCGAAUCCGGAGUUGCCGGAUAUUCAGAAGUUCCACUAUCUACGAGCAGCUGUCAAGGGUGAAGCUGCUCAGCUGAUAGAAUCCAUCGGAAUCAGUUCCGUCAACUACGCUUUGGCUUGGAGGACUUUGGAGAGCCGCUACUCUAACGACUAUUUGCUGAAGAAGAGACACCUGCAGGCGCUCUUCGACAUCCCUCGCAUGAAGAAGGAGUCCGCUGCGACGUUGCAUAGCCUGGUGGAUGACUUCGAGCGGCAUACGAAGAUUCUGCAGCAGCUGGGGGAACCAACCGAUUCCUGGAGCGCCAUCUUGGAGCAUCUUCUGUGCACGCGACUGCACGACGACUCACUGAAGGCUUGGGAGGACCACGCGUCAACAGUGGAGAACCCGGACUACGCCUGUCUCAUCGAUUUCCUGCAGAGGAGAACCCGAGUGCUGGAAUCCAUUUCGGUGAAUCACCAUACCGCCGAGUCUUCAAGUGGUCAUUCUCAUUCGUCGAAGAGAAAUCACUCUCAUUCCCAGUUUCGCCUCACUUCUUGCGCAUCGACUACCAGCUCUGGGGGUAAGUGCAGUGCUUGCAACGAAGCGCACUUCAUCGCGAGGUGUUCCAAGUUUCAAAGCCUUCCGAUGAGAGAUCGACAUAAGUUGGUGACUUCCAAACGGCUAUGCCACAACUGUUUGAGCAGUGGACACUUCGUUCGCAAUUGUUCCUCCACUCUCAACUGUCGCAAAUGUAAUCGACGGAAUCACACUUUUCUCCAUGAAACUGAUUCACGAAAAGCCAGUAGCCAAAAUGCUUCUUCUGGUUCAACAGCAGUCUCGUCAGGGUCAUCUUCCACUCCAUCACCUACGAUCGAACCUUCUACGCAAUCUAUAGUCGCUGCUGCCGAAAAUGCUCCACCUGUCGAGGUCAGUACUGCUCUACAACAGCCCCGUGAGAACGUCUUUCUGCUCACCGUUGUCGUGAAGGUCAUCGGUUCCCACGGUUCGGAAUAUCUCGCUCGCGCUCUCCUGGACAGUGCAUCGCAACCAAACCUCAUCACAGAUCGGAUGGCGAGGAUUCUACGACUACGUCGACAGUCUGCAAAUGUAACGGUCCAAGGGGCAGGUCAGCUUUCGAAAUCGAUCACUGAAUCCGUCUUCGCUCAGGUGCAAUCCAGGAAGGGCAACUUUUCUUGUGGUGUGAAUUUGCUCGUGAUGGAUAAAGUGACCGCCGAUCUUCCGUCGCAAAGCAUUUCCACUGCAGGAUGGAAAAUUCCGGAGGAUCUCUUCAUGGCUGAUCCUUCGUUCAACGAGAGCCAACCAAUAGAUAUGGUUCUAGGCGCCAGGCACUUCUACUCCUUCUUCCCCAGCAACGAACGCAUCCAGCUUGACAGAAACGUCCCACUUCUGGUCAAUAGCGUCUUCGGAUGGAUCGUGGCCGGUACUUCGUAUGCUGGCCCAUCCACGCAGGCAUCGAUGCCAACCGCCUCGUGUAGUGAAGUUGAGAUUUCCAUGGUUUCUCUGGAGGAAUGUUUGGAGAGAUUCUGGCGAACAGAGGAGCUGACCAACACCGAUACAUAUUCUGUAGAGGAGCGAAGAUGCGAGACCCUGUAUCAGUCUACUGUCUCCCGAAAUGAAGAAGGACGCUACAUCGUGCGUUAUCCCCGCAAACCCGACUUUGAAGUCAUGAUUGGUGAAUCCCGAAACAAUGCCCAGCGACAAUUCGAACACUUGGAAAAGCGACUGGAACGGGAUCCACAUUUGAAAGAAGAAUAUCGCAAGUUUAUCAAGGAGUAUAUCUCUCUCGGCCACAUGCGGUUGGUCGAAGCUGACGAUGAUGAUGCUCCUGCGUACUACCUGCCCCACCACCCCGUAGUUAAGGAGGAAAGUACGACGACCAAGGUUCGGGUCGUGUUUAACGGCUCAGCGAAAACUUCCACCGGCUUCUCGCUUAAUGAAGCUCUUUGCGUGGGUCCCGUGGUGCAGGACGAUCUGCUGGAUAUUAUUCUUCGAUUCCGUACCUUCCCCAUCGCUCUCGUUGCCGACAUUGCCAAAAUGUACCGGCAAAUACUCGUACACCCCGAUGACGUCAGGUUCCAGCGCAUCCUGUGGCGAUUUUCCGGGAAAACACCAAUUCAAGUAUACGAGUUGCUAACCGUGACGUACGGCUUGGCUCCAUCUUCCUACCUGGCCACACGCACACUGCAGCAGCUAGCGGAAGACGAAGGCGCAGCGUAUCCGAUUGGCGGUCCAGCGCUCAAGAAGAACUUCUACGUGGACGACUUCAUUGGUGGUGCCCAAUCUAUUGAAGAAGCGAUCCGUCUGCGUACCGAGCUCGACGAGCUACUACCGAAGGGUGGUUUCGAGUUGCGGAAGUGGGCCUCUAACCGUCUUGAGGUGUUGCAAGGUCUCAGCAACGAGCAAAUGCAGUUCAGCGAUGCAGUUCCAACCAAGCGGUCCAUUCUGUCCGAUACAGCCAGGCUUUUCGAUCCUCUUGGACUCAUCGCCCCGGUGGUCGUUCGUGCUAAAAUCGUUAUCCAGGAAUUAUGGCUGCUUUCCUGCGACUGGGAUGACCCGGUACCAGAACCCCUCCGUUCGAAAUGGGAAUCUUAUCAACAGGAGCUAUUGAAGAUCUCCGAACAUCGUGUAGAUAGAUACGCCCUUCUUUCCGAUUCCGUCGUUCAGAUGCAUACUUUCGCUGAUGCAUCCCAGUCCGCAUAUGGUGCCUGCACCUACGCCCGAUGCGAAGACAGACAAGGACGAGUAAGAAUCCAGCUUCUAGCUUCGAAGUCCCGUGUAGCGCCGCUGAAACGAAUCACAAUCGCCCGCUUGGAACUGUGUGCGGCUGUGAUGGCCGCUCAUCUACACUCUCGCAUCAAGAAUGCCAUUGACAUCAAGGUUUCCGCUUCUUACUUCUGGUCGGAUUCCUCAGUGACACUGCAUUGGUUGCGGUCACCUCCAAACGUCUGGCCUACAUACGUGGCAAACCGAGUGGCUGAAAUACAGCAGUACACACAAGGCUGCGAAUGGAAGCAUGUUCGUGGAGUUGACAACCCUGCCGACUUGGUCUCUCGAGGAAUGACGGUCGAAGACUUCCUGAACAGCGACUUGUGGAGUCGUGGUCCCGAUUGGUUAUCUCAGCCAUCUCAAAGCUGGCCAAUUUCGAUUCCUCCGGGUGUUCCAAAGGAAGAGUUGGAGGUGAAAACCAUCGUGGCAGUCACUCAAGCGUCAUCAACAAUCAAUCCGUGGUUCUCUCGCUGGUCCUCCUAUAGUCGCUUGCUUCAUAUCGUCGGAUACUGUAUGCGCUUCGUCAGAAACACCCGAUCGAAAGUCCGCACACAACCUUCACACUCAGCUGUUCCCACUUCACACCUGCUCACCGUAGAGGAGAUCAAUAAGGCCAAAGCAUAUCUGACCCGAUUGGCCCAGGAAGAUGGCUAUUCCGCCGAAAUAAAGCAGCUGAAGGAGGGGAAGCCCGUUUCCAAACAGUCGCACAUCCGUAAAAUGACUCCAUUCUUCGAUCCAGAGGGAGUCUUGAGAGUGGGAGGACGUCUUGAAUUUGCUCUUAUGCCCUACCAAGCUAAACAUCCUGCCCUAAUCCCUACUAACCAUCCGUUCACCCACCUAAUCGCUGAACACUUCCAUCGCAAACUGCUUCACGGCGGCGGGCGCUUUCUGUUGACUGCCAUUCGCGAGGAGUAUUGGCCACCCAGAGGUCGAAGGCUCGUCCACAGUGUGGUUCGGAACUGCUUCCGAUGUACACGUCUCAACCCAGUACCGGCUCAGCAGCAAAUUGGACAGCUGCCUUUCCAUCGAGUCGUUCCAAGCCGUCCGUUCAGCAUCACGGGAGUUGACUACGCUGGUCCUGUAUAUCUUCGCCCAAUCCACAAACGCGCCUCGUCAUCAAAAGCGUAUCUGUGCCUCUUUGUGUGCUUUUCGACCAAAGCAGUGCACUUAGAGUUGGUCAGCGACCUAUCUACUCAAGGUUUCCUGACUGCUCUUCGACGCUUUAUUGCCCGACGUGGAAGGCCUUCCCGCAUCUAUUCGGACAACGGGAAGAACUUCGAAGGAGCAAGAAACGAGCUAGCUGAGAUGUUCGCCAAAUUCCACGACCGAGCCCAGCAGGACGAAAUCAUUGCCACCUGCAACGACGAAGGUAUCACCUGGCACAUGGUUCCUCCAAAAGCUCCACAUUUCGGUGGCCUGUGGGAGGCAGCCGUCAAAGUGGCGAAAAAGCACCUCUACCGAACCCUGGGAACAACUCGCUUAUCGUUCGAGGAAAUGGCCACCGUCCUCACGCAAAUUGAAGCAGCCAUGAACAGCCGACCAUUGCUUCCGAUGACCGAAGACCCCAACGACGUGGCCGCUUUGACUCCAGCUCAUUUCCUCAUCGGAUCAUCGCUGCUUGCUCUGCCCGACCCAGAUCUGCGACACCUGCCUGCGUACAAACUUGACCACUACCAGCAGCUGCAACUGCAUGCGCAGCAAUUCUGGAUGCAUUGGAAGAAGGAGUAUCUGCAAGAGCUGCUGAAGGACACCCGAUGUUGGAUGCGCAACAACGACAUUACUCCGGGAAAGCUUGUCAUCGUAGUCGACGAGAUGCAACCACCGAUUCGAUGGCCCCUUGCUCGGAUCGAAGCCAUCCAUCCUGGAGGUGAUGGAUUAACGAGGGUUGUUGAUCUACGGACCGCUGGUGGCGGUAUCAUCACUCGACCUAUCGUCAAGAUCUGCAUGCUUCCGUGUUCCAUGGGCACCCAGAACGACGAAUAA